CCGGCCCGGCCUCCCGCUCCUCUCUGCCAAACCGCUCACUUGCCAGCCCUUCGCCCCCGGGAAGAAGAAACAUUUCCCGGAGCGCACUCCUCAGCCCUCACUCCCCGCCGCGCUCGCCCUCCCCUCCCCCUCCGCUCUUUCUUUCUUGGGGGAGGGGGGCUGUCGCCUCGGAUUGAAGGCCGUUGAUUUGUAUGUAUUUGUCCCAGCGCCGGAGGCUGCCCCAGCCGCCCGCGCGGGUGCCGCCGCCGCCGCCGGUGGAGUUGCCUCCCUGCUUCCCUAGGGUGGUUAGGCUCCACCAAACAUGUCGGCUCCUGUCGGGCCGCGGGGCCGCCCGGCUCCCACCCCGGCGGCCUCUCAGCCGCCCCUGCAGCCCGAGAUGCCCGACCUCAGCCACCUCACGGAGGAGGAGAGGAAAAUCAUCCUGGCCGUCAUGGAUCGGCAGAAGAAAGAAGAGGAGAAGGAGCAGUCGGUGCUCAAAAAGCUUCAUCAGCAGUUUGAAAUGUACAAGGAGCAGGUGAAGAAGAUGGGAGAAGAAUCACAACAGCAGCAAGAACAGAAGGGUGACGCCCCAACCUGUGGUAUCUGCCACAAAACUAAAUUUGCUGAUGGAUGUGGCCAUAACUGUUCAUAUUGCCAAACAAAGUUCUGUGCUCGUUGUGGAGGUCGAGUGUCAUUACGUUCAAACAAGGUUAUGUGGGUAUGUAAUUUGUGCCGAAAACAACAAGAAAUCCUCACUAAAUCAGGAGCAUGGUUUUAUAACAGUGGAUCUAACACACCACAGCAACCUGAUCAAAAGGUUCUCCGAGGACUGCGGAACGAGGAGGCGCCUCAGGAGAAGAAGGCAAAACUGCAUGAGCAGGCCCAGUUCCAAGGACCCUCAGGUGACUUAUCUGUACCUGCAGUGGAGAAAAGUCGAUCUCAUGGGCUCACAAGACAGGAUUCUAUUAAAAAUGGGUCAGGAGUGAAGCACCAAAUUGCCAGUGACAUAGCUUCAGACAGGACACGAAGUCCCUCAGUAUCCAGAGAUCAGAAUAGAAGAUACGACCAAAGAGAAGAAAGAGAAGAAUAUUCACAAUAUGCUACUUCAGAUAACGCCAUGCCUAGAUCUCCAUCGGAUUAUGCUGAUAGGAGGUCUCAGCGUGAACCUCAGUUUUACGAAGAGUCUGACCAUAUAAAUUACAGGGACUCCAACAGGAGAAGUCAUAGGCAUUCCAAAGAAUAUAUCGUAGAUGAUGAGGAUGUGGAGAGCAGAGAUGAAUAUGAAAGGCAAAGGAGAGAGGAGGAGUACCAGGCGCGCUAUCGAAGCGAUCCGAAUUUGGCCCGGUAUCCAGUAAAGCCACAGCCCUAUGAAGAACAAAUGCGUAUUCAUGCUGAAGUGUCCCGAGCGAGGCAUGAGAGAAGGCAUAGUGAUGUCUCUUUGGCAAAUGCUGAACUGGAAGAUUCUAGGAUUUCUAUGCUGAGGAUGGAAAGACCAUCAAGGCAGAGAUCUAUAUCUGAACGUAGAGCUGCCAUGGAGAAUCAGCGAUCUUACUCAAUGGAAAGAACUCGAGAGGCUCAGGGACCAAGUUCUUAUCCACAAAGGACCACAAACCAUAGUCCUCCCACCCCGCGGAGGAGUCCGAUACCCAUUGAUAGACCAGACAUGAGACGUACUGACUCACUACGGAAACAGCACCACUUAGAUCCUAGCUCUGCUGUGAGGAAAACAAAACGGGAAAAGAUGGAAACAAUGUUAAGGAACGAUUCUCUCAGUUCCGACCAGUCGGAGUCCGUGAGACCUCCACCACCAAAGCCUCAUAAAUCAAAGAAAGGAGGUAAAAUGCGCCAGGUUUCAUUGAGCAGUUCAGAGGAGGAAUUAGCUUCCACGCCUGAAUACACCAGUUGUGAUGAUGUGGAGAUUGAAAGUGAGAGUGUAAGUGAGAAAGGAGACAUGGAUUACAACUGGUUGGACCAUACGUCUUGGCAUAGCAGUGAGGCAUCCCCAAUGUCUUUGCACCCUGUGACGUGGCAGCCAUCUAAAGAUGGAGAUCGUUUAAUUGGUCGUAUUUUGUUAAAUAAGCGUCUAAAAGAUGGAAGCGUACCUCGAGAUUCAGGAGCAAUGCUUGGCUUGAAGGUUGUAGGAGGAAAGAUGACUGAAUCAGGUCGGCUUUGUGCAUUUAUUACCAAAGUAAAAAAAGGAAGUUUAGCUGAUACUGUAGGACAUCUUAGACCAGGUGAUGAAGUAUUAGAAUGGAAUGGAAGGUUCUUGCAAGGAGCCACAUUUGAAGAAGUAUAUAACAUCAUUCUGGAGUCCAAACCUGAACCACAAGUGGAGCUUGUUGUUUCAAGACCUAUUGGAGAUAUCCCUAGAAUACCUGAUACCACACAUGCGCAACUGGAGUCUAGUUCCAGCUCAUUCGAAUCUCAAAAAAUGGAUCGCCCUUCUAUUUCCGUUACCUCUCCCAUGAGUCCCGGCAUGUUGAGGGAUGUUCCACAGUACUUAUCUGGACAACUUUCAAUAAAACUAUGGUUUGACAAGGUUGGUCACCAAUUAAUAGUUACAAUUUUGGGAGCAAAGGAUCUCCCUUCCAGGGAAGAUGGGAGGCCAAGGAAUCCUUAUGUUAAAAUUUACUUUCUUCCAGACAGAAGUGAUAAAAACAAGAGAAGAACUAAAACAGUAAAGAAAACAUUGGAACCCAAAUGGAACCAAACAUUCAUUUAUUCCCCAGUCCAUCGAAGAGAAUUUAGGGAACGGAUGCUAGAGAUCACGCUCUGGGAUCAAGCUCGAGUUCGAGAGGAAGAAAGUGAAUUCUUAGGAGAGAUUUUAAUUGAAUUAGAAACAGCAUUAUUAGAUGAUGAGCCACAUUGGUACAAACUCCAGACCCAUGAUGUUUCUUCAUUACCACUUCCCCACCCUUCUCCGUAUAUGCCACGACGACAACUCCAUGGAGAGAGCCCAACAAGGAGAUUGCAAAGGUCAAAAAGAAUAAGUGACAGUGAAGUGUCUGACUAUGACUGUGAUGAUGGAAUUGGUAUAGUAUCAGAUUAUCGACACAAUGGUCGAGAUCUUCAAAGCUCAACAUUAUCAGUGCCAGAACAAGUAAUGUCAUCAAACCAUUGCUCACCAACAGGAUCUCCUCACCGAGUAGAUGUUAUAGGAAGGACUAGAUCAUGGUCACCUAGUGUCCCUCCUCCACAAAGUCGGAAUGUGGAACAGGGACUUCGAGGAACACGCUCUACUGCUGGACAUUAUAAUACAAUUAGCCGAAUGGAUAGACAUCGUGUCAUGGAUGACCAUUAUUCUCCAGAUAGAGACAGGGAUUGUGAAGCAGCAGAUAGACAGCCAUAUCACAGAUCCAGACCAACAGAACAACGGCCUCUCCUAGAGCGGACCACCGCCCGCUCCAGAUCCACUGAGCGUCCUGAUACAAACCUCAUGAGGUCGAUGCCUUCAUUAAUGACUGGAAGAUCUGCCCCUCCUUCACCUGCCUUAUCGAGGUCUCAUCCUCGUACUGGGUCUGUCCAAACAAGCCCGUCCAGUACUCCAGUAGCAGGACGAAGGGGCCGACAACUUCCUCAACUUCCACCAAAGGGAACACUGGAGAGAAGUGCUAUGGAUAUAGACGAGAGAAAUCGCCAAAUGAAAAUUAACAAAUUCAAACAGGUAGCCGGAUCAGACCCCAGACUGGAGCAAGAUUACCAUUCAAAGUACCGAUCAGGAUGGGAUCCUCAUAGAGGGGCAGAUAAUAUUUCCACUAAAUCUUCGGACAGUGAUGUAAGUGAUAUAUCCGCGGUUUCCAGGACUAGCAGUGCUUCUCGUUUCAGUAGCACAAGCUACAUGUCCGUCCAAUCAGAACGGCCAAGAGGAAACAAGAAAAUCAGGCCAAAGGGAGUAGAAGAGGGAGGGCAAGAAGGGGAUAAACACGAAGAGAUAGCUCAUGAGGAGGAAGAGGUAAAGCAAGAAAGACUUAAUGAGAAUGAGAAAGGGACAGAGAUCACAAAAACAAGUAAUAAGGAGAAAAACAGAGAAUCAGGAGACGAGGAAAAAGCACAAGAUAUACCUGAGCAAGGGAAAGAAAAAGAACAGUGGAAUAAAGAGGAUUUGCAAAGACGAUUGUCACAAGAUGAUGACAGUGUCUUUACAUCCAAAAUGCAAAGCAGACAAGUGGGCAUCUCAGGGAAGAACAUGACCAAAAGCACCAGCAUCAGCGGAGACAUGUGCUCGCUGGAGAAGAACGAUGGCAGCCAGUCUGACACCGCAGUGGGUGCCCUGGGCACCGGCGGCAAAAAGCGGCGCUCUAGCAUUGGGGCCAAAAUGGUAGCUAUUGUUGGCCUCUCCAGGAAGAGUCGCAGUGCUUCUCAGCUCAGCCAAACGGAAGCCGGCGGUAAAAAGCUCCGGAGCACCGUCCAGCGAAGUACAGAAACGGGCCUGGCUGUGGAAAUGAGGAACUGGAUGACUCGGCAGGCGAGCCGAGAAUCUACGGACGGCAGCAUGAACAGCUAUAGCUCAGAAGGAAAUCUGAUCUUCCCUGGCGUCCGCCUGGCCUCCGAUAGCCAAUUCAGUGAUUUUCUGGAUGGCCUUGGCCCUGCCCAGCUAGUGGGGCGUCAGACUCUGGCUACACCUGCAAUGGGUGACAUUCAGGUAGGAAUGAUGGACAAAAAGGGACAAUUGGAGGUGGAAAUCAUUCGGGCUCGUGGCCUUGUUGUAAAACCAGGUUCCAAGACACUGCCAGCACCAUAUGUAAAGGUGUAUCUGUUAGAUAAUGGAGUCUGCAUAGCCAAAAAGAAAACAAAGGUGGCAAGAAAAACGCUGGAACCCCUUUACCAGCAGCUAUUAUCUUUUGAAGAAAGUCCCCAAGGGAAGGUUUUACAGAUCAUUGUCUGGGGAGAUUAUGGCCGCAUGGAUCACAAAUCCUUUAUGGGAGUGGCCCAGAUACUUUUAGAUGAACUGGAGCUAUCCAAUAUGGUGAUUGGAUGGUUCAAACUUUUCCCUCCUUCCUCCCUAGUAGAUCCAACCUUGGCCCCUCUGACAAGAAGAGCUUCCCAAUCAUCUCUGGAAAGUUCAACCGGACCUUCUUACUCUCGUUCAUAGCAGCUGUAAAACUGUUGUCAUAGCAACCAGCGUUACAAAAAAAUAAAAAAAAAUCACAGGUCGCAAACCCUGGUAACACUGCAUGCUUAAUGUUGUGUCUUCUGAGCCUGUUUCUAGGGAUACAAAGCGAUCCUGUGUUCUCAGAGGAAGUUGCACACAUUGUGCCCUAAAGAUGGCCCUCAGGUGAAAGAGCAGUUAUGAAGAACUAUCAGGUUUGGAGUUCAAUAACACUCGAGUUUUGGUCCAAUCUGAAGCCAUGGAUUAAUCUCAAAGAAUCAGUCAGUUUCAUGCAACAAAAGCCCUUUUCAAUGGCACCUUUAUAUUUUUAUCGUUCCUUUUUCUUCAUUUCUCUGACCCCAAAGCCCUGUUACGCCACAGAAAUGGAGCUAUACAGUCAUUAAGCCAUGUUACAAGUCAAGGAGUGAAGUCCUAGGAAGCAUCAGGUGAAAAGCAAGAGACCAAAGAAGUGGUCCGGGACAGACGUCAGCCCUCCUCUGGAGCGUGACCAGCAGCGGCCAGUCCUGCGUGAACAGUGGCAGACUCAGAGCUCCGGCAGGCACGCCAUUCACUAAUGCCACGAUGUGUUGGACUCUGAAAAACAAAAUUCUGUGGCUACACUGUACUGAAUGAAAUUAAACUUUUUUUGCAUGGA